CUUUGAAAAAGUCAUGACGAAGAAUUAUUCUUGGCCAUCGGCCAAAUAAAAGUCCUUUCCAGAGACUUCGGAGCCGCAUUGAAGUCAACUUCCUUAGCAUCUCGAGACAAUGGCGACUACGCGAAUCUUCGCCUGCUUCCUUGGAGCAAGUCUGGCCUUUGCUCAAGACACAUAUACUUUCACACCUUCAAUCAGCUUUGGAAGUAAUGGAUUUGCCAAUUGGGGAGCCGGAACUUGGCCUCCAGCAAGCGUGGGCGAAGUCCUGGUGCCUCAAUCAACCGACUCGGAAACUCUCUCGCUACUCCAACAAAUGGACCCCGCCCGCAUCCAAACCACAAUUCAAACACUCGUGAACUUCGGUACCAGGCACACAGCUUCAGUUACAACAAGUCCGACGCGAGGAAUCGGUGCUGCGCGAAUAUGGCUCAUGAACGAGGUGACGGAAUUGGCAAAACCAUCGAACGGGAUGAUGAAUGUCUCUAUGCCUUGCUAUUUGCAAGCUGCUGUUCCGAGGAGUGGAAUGCCAAUUGCGGCGCAAGUGUGCAAUGUGCAAGUCGAGAUCAAAGGUUCUGUGGAUGCGAACAGAACUUAUGUUUAUACGGGACAUUAUGAUUCGAGACGAUUGAACAACAGUGACUAUACUGGCGAUGCUCCUGGAGCUGAUGAUAAUGCUAGUGCGGUAGCAAUUGCUUUGGAGAUGAUCCGAAUUCUUGCACCAGUUGUGGCAAAAACUCCUCCAGCGGCGAGUAUCAUCAUUGCUACUGUUUCUGGAGAGGAGCAGGGUCUUUAUGGAAGCAAUUUUCUUGCACAGACACUCAAAAACGCUUCAAGAAAUGUACAAGCCAACUUCAACGAUGACAUUGUUGGUAGCGGAUCCAAUGCUCCUUUCUCUCCACAGAAUCAACACACCAUCAGGGUAUUCGGCGCCGGAACGGACUACCUUACCAUCAAUUCGUCCAUCAUCAAAGAAAUCAUCUCAACCGGCUACCAAGACGACACUCCAUCUCGUCACCUUGGCCGUUACAUACAAGAAGUCAACGCCGGUGCCUCGAACGUGACUGAAAUGGACGUAGCUUUGAUCUACAAACCCGAUCGAUUCUUCCGCGGCGGAGACCACGAGUCUUUCCUCUCAGCUGGUUUCCCCGCAGUUCGCUUCACGGAACCACAGGAGGAUUUCUAUCACCAGCAUCAGGAUCCUCGAGUACAGGAUAGUGUGACUUACGGUGAUGAGAUUGAAUACGUGGAUUUUGAAUACACGGCGAGAGUUGGUAAAGUGAAUCUUUUGAGUUUGUGGAGCAUUGCGAAUGCGCCUGCGACACCUAGCAACUUUACUUAUGACACGAACAUUGGGUUCUUGGCUGAAAGCUUGGAUACGCCACCGAGCUAUCUGGAGAAUAUCAUCAAGCUGUAUUGGGAUGUUGCGGAUGAUCCCCUGCUCGACUACUAUGAGGUCGUCUGGAGGCCCAUGGCGAGUCAGCAGUGGACGCACACACUAAACGUAGGACUGGCUAACACAACAAUCAUCCCGGUCAGCAAAGACAAUGCGGUAUUUGGAUUGAGAGCUGUCGGUAAGGAUGGAAAGAAAAGUCCAGCAACGUAUACACUUGCUGUUGCCUCGCAGUACUUUGGUUAGGACAACGCAUGCCAAAAAGUUAUGUUCGUAGCAAAAUAGACAAUACACAUGAUUGGUGACUAGUUGUAUGUGAAGCGGAAUAAGACUCUCCAGGAG